AUGAUUUUGUUUAGGUGAUUUUUAUUUUUAGUUAAUUUUUUGUGGUAGUGUAAUAAGCAAAUGCAACUAAAAGUUAAAAUGAUAAAAUAACAUAGACGUUAUACCUAAAUCUAAUCGGCAGUGUUGGACCUACCAUAACAAAGCUAUUCUGUCAACAAUGUUCAUCAAUUAAUCGAUGUUUUUUCCUACGAAACUUGUUUAAAUAGGUAAAUUCUAUCUUUUAUCCAAUCCUAAAAUAUUCGGUCCUAAUUUACUGAUUUGAAAACCACUUCUGCCUUAUCUAUCUCUUCUCUUCUUGACUUAUCUUUGCUGCUUUUUAUCUUUUCUCCUCUUGCAGACCUUCAUAGCGUUUCCACUGUUGAUACAUUUAACUCUGAUACGAAAUCUGCAUAUUAAAACUAUGUAGUGUAGCAGGAAACAUAAAGUAAAAAAAUUGGCUUUAUAUGUGUGCAUCAUUGAAGAUUUAUUUGCUUGAACUCUCCAUGUUUAUGAACAUGCCAUGGAGCUGGUUAGGGCUCUCUCUUGACCAUCAACCUCUUUUCAGCUAGUUUUCUGGCCUUUAAAGAAUGAACCAAGACCUAAUCCUUCUUUCUAAGCUUGUCCCAAAAUCCUUUAUGGUGGUUUAGUGUCAAACUCGGAAUGAUCCUGUAGGUUUGUGUUUUGACACCUCUCAAAACCUCUUCAUGUCACAUCCUGAAAUGGCUUUUGGUUUGCUAUGCUGCUUCUUUAACCUUCUUGUCAAUAGCUUCUAAGACAUCACUCUUAUGUAAAAGUUUUGUUCAUAUACUUUGACUAUCUGAGGAUUAAUAACAUGUUAUUUAUAUUCUUAUUGUGUCUUCAAUGGUUAUCAUAUUUUAGUAACUUCAUCAAAUUUUGACUGAGGAUUAAUAACAAAUUUUUUCAGUAUACAUUAACCGUCUAUGUUUUUUUGAUGGUCUAGUGGCAAUUUUUUCUUCUUAAAUGGCGAUUAUUCUCCUUCUCUAGUGUUAUUAUUUACUAGAUCAAGCAAGCCAUUUAUAAGCUCAAACUAACUCUUGUUCGGUCCAGCUCCAAUCCACUCUUAUUGAUGGAUUGUCAUCCAAUGAUAUUUUGACAUAGUAUCAAUUGACCAUUUUAGGCUAGAUGUAACAGUGAAACUAAGUAGAUUUUUGUUACCAAUUUUCCGAAUCCACUGAUUGAGAGGUAAACAUUUUCGAGAUUUACUGUUUUUUUGGCAUAAAUCAAUGCAUUUGCACAAACUAUGACAAAUUUAAAAUGAAAGAGAAUUUCUCAUAAUGUUGUCUUAGGACUUUGUUAAAACUGGAAACUGAUAUUUCUUGAGUUCGUGCAACAUAUUUUAUCAUGAUUAAUGUAUGAGAGAUGAGUUUCUCUUGUAUGGUUGAAAACAUGCAAAAGAAUGAAAAAUUCGGAUUUAAAUGAAAAAUGUGUUUUCAUUUUUCCUUCCGGGCCACUCUCAUCUCUGGAAAAGUAUAUAUAGUUAGGUUUUGUCUAAAAUUGUCAUUGAGAGGUCUUGUCAAAAUUAUGAGCAAACAGUGUGAAGAUAUUAAACUAAUCCUAUAUCUCCACUUUGAUAGACGUUUUUUAAAUGAUUUUUGGCAUUUCUACUUUCGUUUCUCAGUUUCUGGGAUUGAAAAGUUUGAUUUUCAUAAUAACAAUGGAAGAAGAAAUAGUAAGUGUGAUUUCCAAUGGUGUAACGAAUGUGAUUGCAGAAUUAUCAGAUUCGACAAGCAGCAGUCAAGUUCCGGCAACCAAGCUCGCAAGACAAGCAACUAUGGCCUCCCCCACAAAGUUCAAAGGCCUGGUGCCGCAGCAAAAUGGGCAUUGGGGUGCCCAAAUAUACGCCAACCACCAACGCAUAUGGCUCGGCACCUUCAAAACCGAAAAGGAAGCAGCUAUGGCUUAUGACAGUGCUUCAAUCAGGCUUCGUAGCUCAGACUCCCACAGAAAUUUCCCUUGGACAAGCAUCACUGCUCAAGAACCAAACUUUCAAAGUCAUUUUAGCACUGAAGCGUUGCUCAACAUGAUCAGAGAUGGCUCUUAUGAAUCAAAAUUUGCAGAUUUCUUGAGAAACCAUUCUAAAUAUGUGCCAAGAGAUGUCAAUUUCAGUCCAAUGAAGGCAUUUGGCACCGGCUGGCUUAUGUGCCGUGAGCUAUUUCAGAAAGAGCUAACGCCAAGUGAUGUGGGAAAGCUUAACAGGCUUGUCAUCCCAAAGAAAUACGCUAUUAAGUACUUCCCGUGCAUCUCUGAAAGCAGCGGAGAAGGAGAACAUGUCAACACUAACAAGGCGGAUGAUGUGCAGCUUCUUUUCCAUGACAGGCUGAUGAGGCUGUGGAAAUUUCGCUACUGCUAUUGGAAGAGCAGCCAGAGCUUCGUCUUCACAAGAGGCUGGAACAGAUUUGUGAAGGAAAAUCAACUGAAGACUAAUGACACUGUUGCUUUCUACUUGUGCCAGUGCAUAGAGAAGACGCAGGCAACUAAGACUUUCUGUAUGAUUGAUGUUAACAAGAUGGAGCCCCGUGACAUGCAAGUAGAUUCGAGGCUUCAAUCAAGCUGUAACGUUGUUCAGGAAGUUGAAAAUGAGGUUGGGGAAGAAGAAGACGACGUGGUGGAACCAAUUUUGACAGAGAGUAGUAAGCAGAAGGCCAUUAAACUUUUUGGUGUACAAAUCUUUUGAAGAAGACAUGCAUGCUUCAUCUGGAAAUGGCCUUAUAUUUUCAUUUUAGCUAUGUUAUGGAAUUCUCUUUUAAUUUUUCUUCUUGUUUCUAGGCCAAAAAUUGCUACAGAUAGUGCACAAGCUCAGAUUUUAUCCAUUUAUAGAAAGGUGAUUUGCGGUU